AUGUCACCAAUCAAGAAAAUUCUGGUUCUCGGGGCUGGAGAACUAGGCACGCAAGUACUGCUGUCCCUCGCCCAACAUCCUCGCGUGAAUGACAUCGUGGUUUCUGUCCUUUUACGACCUUCCAGCAUCUCCUCCACGCGACCCCAAAAGGUACGGGAGCUCUCGCUACUUCGCGAGCACAACAUCGGGAUAAUUCCCGGCGACCUGGUCGCGGACUCUCAGGAAUCUCUGGCCCAGACCUUCCGCGGAUACGACACAAUCAUCGGCUGUACAGGCUUCGUGGCCGGUCGUGGAACACAGAUCAAGUUAGCACAGGCUGUCCUCGCUGCUGCAGUCCCUCGCUAUAUCCCUUGGCAGUUCGGAGUGGAUUAUGACAUUAUUGGACGAGGAUCCGCUCAGGAUCUCUUCGAUGAGCAGCUUGACGUUCGCGAUCUCCUCCGCUCCCAAAGCAAGACCCGAUGGACGAUCAUUUCCACCGGCAUGUUCAUCAGCUUUCUUUUUGAGCCUUCCUUCGGUGUAAUUAAUCUCAGAGAUAACUCAAUUUGCGCCUUGGGCAGUUGGGACACUAGGGUUACUCUCACUGCGCCCGAGGAUAUUGGAAAGCUCACUGCGGAAAUCAUUCUGGGCUCGGAACCAGAUGUAGCAUUCAACAACCGCCCAACGUUCGUUGCGGGUGACACUGUUAGUUAUGCGGAAUUGUUGCGGAUAGUGCAGGAGGUUACAGGGAGGACGUUCGCAAAGAGUGUGCGCACGGUCGAGGCGGCGAAGGCCGAUCUUGCAAAGGAAUCGGAUAACUCGCUAUACAAGUAUCAGGUGGUCUUUGCGGAGGGUCGCGGCGUUGCAUGGGAUAUGUCUACAACGUGGAACCAUGAAUCGGGAGUAAAUGUUUUGUCAGUUAUGGAGUAUGCAAGUCAGUACCUAGGUUAG